UCUCUUAUCUGAUCAAUUUCCAGUUCUCUCUCUCUCUCUCUCUCACUCUCUCUAUAGUAGAAGUAGGAGUCUAGCUUCCUCUUCCCCAUGAGUGUCUCCAUGGCUGCUACUUCUUCAACUUCAAUCCCUUUAUGCAACAAACUCCCCCAUCUUCCCUCUGACUACUACUCCUCUCUCACUUCAAUCCCCACUACCCACUUCACCCCCAAACCAAAACCCAUUAAACCCUUCAAACUCAAACCCCAUUACACCCCUCCUUUCUCUCUCCUCUCUCGCUCCCUUCUCUUCCGAGCUCCGGCCGCCUUCGACAACCUCGGCGAGCAGAGCACAGAACUAUCAGAAACAGAAACAGAAUCCGAGACAGAACAAGAAGAAGAUGAUGAGCAAACUGAGACACAAUCAGCUGAAGCUGCUAGGCUCUAUGUGGGUAAUUUGCCUUAUGCUAUGACUUCUUCCGAAUUGGCUCAAGUGUUUGGCGAGGCAGGUCGUGUGGCUUCUGUGGAGAUUGUUUAUGAUAGAGUCACAGAUAGGAGUCGAGGGUUUGCGUUUGUGACAAUGGGUAGUGUUGAAGAAGCAAAACAAGCAAUUGUGAUGUUUGAUGGAUCACUAGUUGGAGGCCGAACUGUGAAGGUAAACUUCCCAGAAGUGCCAAGAGGAGGCGAAAGGGAAGUGAUGGGACCUAGGAUACGAAGCAGCUACCAAAGCUUUGUAGACACCCCACACAAGAUCUAUGCAGGAAACCUCAGCUGGAAUCUCAGUUCCCAGGGGCUUAAAGAAGCUUUUGCAGGUCACCCAGGUCUAUUAAGUGCCAAGGUCAUCUAUGACAGGGACACCGGAAGAUCUCGAGGUUUUGGAUUUAUCACUUUUUCAUCUGCUGAGGAGGUGGAAUCUGCCCUCAGUGCUAUGAAUGGAGUGGAGGUGGAAGGCCGGCCAUUGCGGUUGAAUCUGGCCGAGGAAAGAGCUCCUACUUCUCCACCAGCAGACUCCAGAAAUUCAGAGGACAAUUUUGGCAGCAGGGAAAUGCUUUCUAGCCUGGGCAACUAACAAGGAAAGGAGAAAGACGGAUUAGGUGUUUCAGAUGAUAAUAGAGAGUUGCGAAGAUGCAAACUAAAUUGGUGUUCCACGACGUUCAGCUUCCACUACUUUUAACUCUUUCAUUAUCGUUGUUCAUCCGCAGGAUUCUAAUUGGUAUAUGGAGAGCGAGCACAAAUGAUGUCUAACCAAUGACAUUAUUAAUUGGAGCUUCUUACUUCGAUUUACAAGUUUCAGAUGUAAUUAUUCUGGGCUAUAUGAAAAUUGAUUGUAAUUGCAAUUUGUUGAUGUGUUCUCAAUUUCAAAAUGUUCAAAACUUCAGAUGAGGACUUGUAUCAUUAUUGAGAAAAGUAUUCUGAAGUAUUAGGAUAUCUA